UAUUCUGUGUAGUAAUUGAAAUCAGUAUAUUUGAAAAUGUAGAAAACAUUUAAAUAAAUGGUAAUCUAUUGUUUAACAGUGCGAUUAAUCACAAUUUUUUUUAAUCGCUUGACAGCCCUACAAAAAACGUUAGAGUUCAUAAUCUAACUAUUGGAGCCUUUGUGUAGUGUUAUAAAUCAGGGUACAGUAUGUGAGUUGUAGAUUUGGCAGAAUUCUUUUUUUUAUCAUUUUGACUGAUAAUUAUUUUAAGCAUCUUUUUAUUUUUAUCAAUUUAAACUUUCACUUACCUGGUUAAGGUAAAGCUUUCAAACCAUUAAAACACAAAUUGUCAAUAUCACAUGUCAAAAUAUACAAAGAGAAUAUCUUAAAUCAAACUCUCAUAAGUUCUCAAGCAGCAGUUUUCUCAACUUGUUUAUCUGUACGUUUUGAUUAGUAUUGAUGGAAAUAUUUUUUGUUGGUUUGUGUGUGUUUGGUGAAAUCGACACUUACCAAUAAAAAUCUAAUCCUUCCAAGCCUAGUUAUCCAACGUUAAGCGAUUAAGUAAAGGAUUGUCUUCAUUCUGAAUUUUUAUAUGUGGUACAUGCCAAACACAGUGUAAAUUUGUUUUUCCUUUUCAAUGUUAAAUUUGUUUGAUCUUAAAAGCUUUUAAGAUGGACAGGUCCAUUUAGUAUGCAUGCAAACUGUCAUCUUAUUCCUAGCUAGAAGUAUUGUGACAGCCACUUUUGGUUUGGUAUUAUGUAAUACUGACUUCUUAGCAGUACUGUUUUCAAACUUUUCUCUUACUGAAAAAUUUCUUCAUUUGAAAUCUUUACAUGAAGUGUUCACAUGGCUUUCCCUAUGGCACUCUUUCCUAAAUAAGUAAAAAUGAUAUUUAUGGUGAUUUUUAAGAUUUUUUUUUUCCCCUCUCCUCCAAAACAAAGAGCAACAGACCACCUUAGAUCUAUAUAGGGAAUCUGAGAAGCCAGUGUACUUGCACUAUUUUGUUGCAGGCAUCAGAUUCCUAGCAAUUACAUUAAGGAUACCAAAGAAAUUUGAAACUAUUAUUUUUUCUUAGAAGUCACAGGGAUGCUUUAGCUUUGAGGCCCUCAACCACCUAAUCUUGGGGUUUUUUUCCUUCAUAAUUAUGAAAAUGAAGGGUUUCCUCAACAGAUGACUGCAACAGAAAGAUAUUUCUCUUUUAACUGUGUGCAACCUGGACUUAAACCUGUGCACAUGUUCUCUAACAAAAUGCAUGUUCACAGAUUUGUACAGGUCACAAAGAUGUUGUGUGUUUUAAAAACUCCCUGAUGUCGUCAUGAUCAGCUGAGUAAUGCUGGAAAACCCUACUCUUUGCGCCUGCAAAGAGAAAUCCCUUCCGAAGCCUGAUAGUGCAUAUCAAGGGGGAGUGUUUUUUCUCACAGUACAUUUUCCAACAGACUAUCCUUUCAAACCACCAAAGAUUGCUUUCACAACAAAAAUAUACCAUCCAAACAUAAACAGUAAUGGGAGUAUUUGCCUUGAUAUCCUGAGGUCACAGUGGUCACCAGCUUUGACUGUAUCAAAAGUUUUAUUGUCCAUAUGCUCCUUACUUUGUGAUCCUAAUCCUGAUGACCCUUUAGUACCAGAUAUUGCACAAAUCUACAAGUCAGACAAGGAAAAGAACUUUUUGGUACACCUGCAGAUGGGCCGUAGUUCUUCCUCACUGGGCACAGUUUUCUGAAGAUACAACAGACAUGCAAGAGAAUGGACUCAGAAAUAUGCAAUGUAAGCUUGUGAAGACUUUUUCAUAUAUACCAGAGUACUGUAAAUUCUAGGUUUUUUCAAAAUUAGAAGUAAAUGGAGCACAGUUUACUGUUUCAAUGUACCAUGAGGCCCUUUUUAAUUUUUACCCAUGUAAGUGUGUUUCUGGAGCAAGAAAAAACAAACUUCCAAAAAUAAUCUUAAAACUGUGAUGAGACUAUUUAUCCUUUUUGUAUGCUUUGCAAAAGACAUUUAUUGUGGUUUUUAAGACUCUUGGACUUCUGCAUCUUCAGCCUACAAGAUCCCUAAUGCAGUUGUAAAGCAACCAACUUAUUUUUUGCUGAAAAACUAGAUGCUUUACAUGAGAAAAACUGUAUGUGUCUUUAAGAUAUGUUGUCAAUUUCAUGAGUCCGUUCAAAAUUUCAUUCUGUUAGUUGUUAUAUAAUUUGUAUUUUUUUACUGUAUAGACUAAAUAUAUUUUAUUUACCAUGCAAAUUAAUUCAUUUAGACUUUUUUUCCUUUAGCACAGUAUUGACAUGAUACAACUGCUAGUAAUGAAAUCAAUGAGGUGUUGCUCCCUAUGGGCUAUUAUACAGACUGAUUGCAGAUUUCUUAAAACCUAAAAUGAUCUUUGCACUGUAAUUCUUAACAUGCUGAUUAUGGAGAAACACUUGGGUUUUUUUUAUUCUGUUGCAUACUUGACUUAAUUUUAUUGCAAUGUGAACUAAUUGCACUGCUAUGUAGAAAGAUGUAACUGUUUUGUUUGUUGCUAUUCAUGACUGAUUUUUUCCCCCUCUAUUGGCAACAUAAUAUUCUCACGGACCUUUUACAAAUCUUACUGUAGCUUUUUCCAUAUAAAUAAAAUGCAUUUUCUACUAUU